AUGACAGCGAAAGACCGUUUGAAGUCAGAAACCCUUGGUCCCAACCCGACCAAGGUUCGAACCGGCAACUUCUGCGAGUAAAUGCGCGAUAAAGAUUGUACCACGCCACGUUUCCACGCUGCCAAAAAGGAAGGAUUUGCAUUGGGCUUUCUAUAAGUCGAUAAGUAAGGGGUUAAACGUUAUUGCGUAAUUCCUAUAAUACACCGUUAAAAGCACAGCUUUCCAAAAGCAAUCUUGCGUUUGCAAAUCCAGUUCUUCCGGUUACUCCUUCAAUUCUAAAGUUUUCUACGACAAAUUAGAUGCCCAACGGCAUUUUCCACUUCAACUCCAUCAGCUUCCGCCAUGUUCUGCGCCGGUAAAUAAAUCCAUCAUCAUCUAGUCAGCUCCUCUUCACGAACAGCACGUUGUUUAUUACUGUUACGUUCGUUGCAUCCUCUCUUUCAAAUUCUUCGAUGACUUCCAGCAUUGUGGAGGCGAUGAAGAAUUAAUCAGUAUUGUCGGUGGUGGCAACGGCUCGAUUCCCCCGGCGUUUGAGGGCUGGGAUAUGAUUCUGGUUUCCGCCAUCAGCAGCGGUCUUCUUCAUCGCCCCAAGGAAAACGUCUGA